CACAAAAUUAAUGUGUGUACACAUGGAAAUUAUUGUAUCGCACCAUGUUAGUAAUUAAUUAAAAGAUUUUAUCGACGCCAGAUUGGGCUUCUCGGCGAGAGCUUGUUACACAACCGCAACCGUUGAAAAUAUCGGUGUCCGCAAAGUCAACAGUUCAGCAUAAUUGAAUCGACAUAGGUAAUGGUUGUGAUAAAGGAAGGUGGGUCGCCACCUGUAAGGGGGUUGCCACGUGCAGAAACUGUGCAAGCGAGAGCGCAACAUCACCCCUCCCCGUCACACUAAUGGCUGACGUAUACGUGUGCUUCCAGGUAGCGUGGGAGCUAUGCGUGUCGAGGAGACUGGCGCAACAUAUGUUUCACAUCCAAAUAUAUGCCACACACCGUCCCGUUAUUUUGUUUCAUAGGUACGUACGUAAAUAGGUCUCUGUUACAAGUUUCGAUUUCAAUACGCCAUUGUAGGGCGGCGUUUGAUAACGAAUUCAAUCAUGGGGAAGUAGGUGACGCAAUUUGCGUUCAUACGCCUCAAAGAAACGAUCGUAAAGGGAUUUUUAUUCCCUCGGUAACACCAAAUAGGGAUGAAUUUUAGCGAUAAGUAUUCAUAUUUAUUUAAUCUCUAUGGUUGAUUGUUUCUUCUAUAUAUCGUUGACUAACUAUGAAUGUCAAACUGACAACAUGAUUUUAUUAUAGCAAGUGAAUAAAAUACAAAAAAAUGAUCACCCUAUUUGAUAACUCAACAGUAAUGCUUUUGGGUGCUAAUGCAACGCAAAUGUUAAUAGUUGCACUACUGUUACUGCCAGUUAGCGACAUUCUACUCUACAUGAAUUUUCGGAUUUAAUGGGAAACUAUGAUUUAGUUGACAUAGAUCAGGUAACUGAAGGAGAGGGCGUUACAUCCAUAAUAGGAGAACUUGAUGACGCUAUAAAUUACCAUGAGGAUGAAGAAGUAAAUCCUCACUGGCCCGUUUUAGAUGAACUGCAGGCAAAAGACAAGCUACGCCUUAAAACAUUCUUGGAAGAAACUUCCCAGAAUCCAGCCGAAGAAGUUGUCGAUUCUAUGAUAUGUAUACAAGACAGUUCAGAGGAAAAAACAGAAACAACAUCAGGAAUAUCGCAAGACAGAGAUUUGCCAGAACCGGUACAUUUAAUAAGAAAGAAACUAAAGGAAAUUAAAAAGAAGAAGCAAGAAAUACUAAAAUUGAAAGCAAAAGCUAAGACUGAAACUGUUAACAAAGGCGAACACUCUGAUUACAGCGACUGUACUGACGACGAAAAUAAUAAAAAAUCUGACAAAAAAAUUAAAGUAAGAUCUAAAAAGUCUGAAAACCCUCAAAACGAAAAAAUACUUGAAACAUCUCCAGAAAGUAAAACACCUAAAAGUCCUCAAGCAUCUGCAAAGCGUCAAGCACCUCAAAAUCCGGAAACAUCUGUUCUCCCUCAACCACCUGACAAUCCUCUGAUACCUCAAAAUCCUCAACCACCUCAAAAUCCUCAACCACCUCAAAAGCCUCAAACACCUCAAAAGCCUCAACCACCACAAAGUCCUCAACCACCUUUAAAUCCUCAAGCACCGCAGAAUCCCCAACCACCGCAAAAUCUUCAGCCACCGCAAAAUCCUGAACCACCGCAAAAUCUUCAGCCACCGCAAAAUCCUGAACCACCGCAAAAUCUUCAACCACCGCAAAAUCCUCAAACACCCGUAUAUCCUCAACCACGUCAACGUUCUCCACCACCUCAAAACCCUCCAACUCCACAAAGCCCUCCAGCACAACAAAACCCUCAAACAUCUCAAGGUACUCGAACAUCCCAAGGAACCCAAACAUCUAAAAAUCCCGAUAACGACGGUAACAAAAAGACAUCAUGAUAAACUUGUUUAGUAUUAUCAUCGGUUCUUCUCUCUUUAUGGAAUUAGCUAUAAUAAUGGCACUUUUAAGACCCAUACAGCAACCAGGUGCCUUAAGAGACCUUUAUUGCGACUUUAAAAAAAAAUUUGCUUACCCAACAAAAAUAAUUGUACUUCUUAUGGCUAUUUUAUUUGUAAGCACACUUUUAGAAAUUUCUUGGGAAAGUACCAAUCAUCAUCGUGCAUUAGCGAACUCUCAUGACGCCCAUCUUAUAAUACAAUUCUAUGUAAGCAAGAUCUCACUUUGUUAUAUUUGCUUUUUCAUGGAGAUUUAUCUUAUAUUCGUUAUAGAAUGGAUUGCCGAGUUUACGAUACGGGUAGCAAGGUUACUUGAGUUUGAACUUAUGUGUAGGCAUGCUGUUUUAACAAGAGAUGACACAGCUGCACAGAUCUCGAAUACUGCACUAGUCAUGGCAAACUAUGGAACUAGUUACAAAGCCAUUCAUACAAGUGAUUCCGAUGACUUUUUCAUAAAACCGCCUAAAGUUGAAUAAAA